CCAACUUGACAUCAAAACUGGAAAGCGACCAGAUGGAUUUCAGCUCUGCCUUCUUCACAGAUUCCUCUGCUUUUAAUUGGUAUCACAGACAUUUUUAACCAACUUUCCUGCUUAGUAACAACCCUGGCGUGACAACAGAAGCUGAUUCGGGAGGCUCGGCUGCACUGUGAACCGGGACGGGAGCGUUGAAGACCUUUAAAGACCCCUGAACAUCUCCUCACUGAAGGUCCCAAGGCGAGUGUGUGUCCAUCAUGCCGCUGUUUGGUAAAUCCCACAAGAAUCCGGCGGACAUCGUCAGGACUCUGAAGGAGAACCUGGCCAUCCUGGUCAAACAGGACAAGAAGACAGACAAGGCGUCUGAGGAGGUGUCCAAGUGUUUGGUGUCCAUGAAGGAGAUCCUGUACGGCAGCAACGACAAGGAGCCUCACACUGAGACGGUGGCUCAGCUGGCUCAGGAGCUCUACAACAGCGGCCUGCUCAUUUCACUGGUAGAAAACCUGCAGGUCAUAGACUUCGAGGGGAAGAAGGACGUGUGUCAGAUCUUUAACAACAUCCUGAGGAGGCAGAUCGGCACGAGGAGUCCAACUGUUGAAUAUUUCUGUUCCCACCAAGAAGUCCUCUUUAUCCUGCUCAAAGGGUACGAGACCCCUCAGGUAGCGUUGAAUUGUGGGAUCAUGCUGAGGGAGUGCAUCCGCCACGAGCCGCUCGCCAAGAUCGUCCUCCACUCGGAUCACUUCAACAGUUUCUUCAGCUACGUGGAGAUGUCCACCUUCGACAUCGCGUCUGACGCCUUCGCCACCUUCAAGGAUCUCCUGACGAGACACAAAGUGCUGGUGGCCGAGUACCUCGAACAGAACUACGACGCUGUGUUUGCGGACUACGAGAAGCUUCUGCACUCCGAGAACUACGUCACCAAGAGGCAGUCACUCAAGCUUCUGGGCGAGCUGUUGUUGGACCGACACAACUUCACGGUGAUGACGCGCUACAUCAGCAAACCGGAGAAUCUGAAGCUGAUGAUGAAUCUGCUCAGAGACAAGAGUCCAAACAUCCAAUUUGAGGCCUUCCACGUCUUCAAGGUUUUUGUAGCGAACCCCAACAAGACGCAGCCCAUCGUCGACAUCCUGCUCAAGAACCAGACCAAACUAAUCGACUUCCUGAGCGGCUUCCAGAAGGAUCGCACGGACGACGAGCAGUUCAACGACGAGAAGACCUACCUAAUCAAACAGAUCAGGGAUCUGAAGAAACCGGCGUCCUAGAGAAGCCCCCCCCCUCUCCCUCCCUGACUUUUUAUCGAUAGGAAGACGUACGGUAGAAAAAAAACACCUUAACAAUAUUUAAAAUCUUCAAGACGUUAUUUGUCUUUUUUCUCUUCUUUGUUCAUUUGUGCAGACGUAGUUCUCAAUCACUGAUCGUUUCUUUUGUAAUGAUUUCUCAUGGAUCUUUUUUUUUUAAUCUGUAGCAUGUCGUGCCACAUCCCUGCUGUUGGAGGCAGCUGAUUCGCUCAGUUCAGAGAACCAGCGUUUAACAAAAAACAAAAAAAAAAGCUUCAGAUGAAAUGGUUUAAAGGCUGUCUGACAAAACAGACCUGACCAUAUCUGUGAUCUGUCACUCACAGGCUGCAGGAGAUCAUUCCUGCUUCCAUGAAGUCGCUGCAAAUCGGAAAAAAAAGUAUGAAGAACAUCAACUCUUUGUUUUUUAAAACGUGCUCCUUGUGUACUUCAUCGGUCAAAAUGACGUAAAACAUUGAAGGUCAAACUAAAACACGCUCUCAGUCGUUACUCAAAGCUCAAAAUCAGCCACGUUUUCUCUCUCUCGGGAUACAGAGAUUUCAGAUAUAAACAGACAUCAUCACUUCUUCUGUAGGUACGCAGAAGAAGUGCCAUCUUUCUAAGAGGCCCCCGAGUGGGAAAAUCCGGACCGAUUCAUUUGGUGUCAGACUCCCACAAUGCCGAUAUUUUCUCUCACAUUCGACCAUGAAAAGAAGUCAGAGUUUGUCCUACAGCUGACUUCAAAAACUCCUCUUCUCUGAAUCAGCAGUCGGUUGAAUUAGAUGUCAACAUACAAGAAUCUGAAACGGUUAAAUCUGGGUAUAAGACGUACUUCCAGCUUUAGAAUAACUCUGUUUGUGCAGUUUGGAUUGAGCUUUAGUAACGCUGAGAUUCAACGUGUUUUUUACAGAAUUGGUUGUUUAAAUGAAGGGUUCUUCUUCUUCUUUGCGGUGUCGUUGAGCUGCUAUUGGUACAGUCAGCUUCACCUGGUUCCCCUGGCUGGUGGCCGUUAGCACUUUCUGUAUGAUACAAAAAGAAGGAUUUUUUUUUUGUUAAGCUGAUCACUGUUUUUGCUCGAUGUUUUUUUUUUUUUUUAAACAUCUAGAUUCAUCUCUUGUCAUGUACAGUUUCUUCUUUGUUCACCCUGAAGUGAGUGCCAUUUGUGAGUGAGACGAGGAGACGCGUGUGAAGACGGCUGUUUGUGUUUCUCUCUGUUCUGUAACUGGUGUUUUACUCUGAUGUGUCGGUGUUAGACAGGAAACAGUGAGACGUUUCAGAGGUGCCUUUUUCUUUGGUUCUCUUCUUUUUUUGUAUUCGCAGUCUCUUUUCUAGGGGGAGCUUAAUUAUGACCUUAAUGAAAAUAUGCUCUGAAGGAUAGAACAUAUUUGUUGUUGAUUAAGCAGUGAACCUCUUAACUCGCUAUAUUUGAGUUACGCUGUCGAAGAAACAUUUUUACACUUUUUUUUUUUUUUUUGCCGUUGUGUACGGGCACGAGUCACAGUUUCACGUUGAGAUUUGUCGCAGAAGUAGCGGAGAAUACGAGCUGUGUCGGCUACGAACUCAUGAAGAAACAAUGACUGCAGUCGGGCUGGAUGGUGAAAUGUAACUGUGAAUGAAAAAAAUCCACAUGUAGUUCAAAGGGAAGUCUGGUAUUUUAACCCUGGGCUCUGCAAUGUGACCUUCCAGGUAAAAAGCACCUGAUUCAGAUUCUGUCCACUGAAAGUCCUGGACAGGCUCCUCUCUGUUAACGAGGAAGUUAAUUAUAAAAACCAGAAGCAGCUGUUACGUUUCUCUUCUCAAAUCCAGACUCCAUUGACAGAAACAUUCAUUUUACAGAGCAGAACAUUUGAGUUGCUGUUGGACUGCGGCCUCGUUUGGUUUGGACGUUUGUAUCGUUGUCCCACUUUUGUGUUUUAAAUGUUUAAUUCAGAUCCAAACCCUUACUGGUGGAAUACAAAUCAACACCCAAAACGACCUGAAGGAGGCGACGAAUGAUGAACAACUUGAGCCAGUUAAAUUGCUGAUUUUGUGAAUGGAGUCUGGUGUGGUUGAAGAGCAUGAUGGAACAGCUGUGGCCUCUCUCUGUAACGUUUGUGCACACUUCUUGUACCAAUUCGUCUUCAAAUGAUGUAAAAAAACUGAACGAGGGAUUUUGAAAGUACCUGACUUCCCUUUUGUAGAGUACGAUAAAAUGUGCAGAAUCAAUCAUGUCAAAGCACCAUUCUGAUAGUGGUGUCGGUUUUAUAUUUGACUUCAAAUUAAAAGAAGCUUCCAUUUUCUAAAAAUGUUGCACUUAAGUCUAUAAAAAUGUAGAAUUUAUCUCCCAAUCAAUAUUUGAUUCUGGUUUAAUUAAACAAUCCUCUCUGGGUUUCCAUUCGGCUUUUUCUUUUCACAGAGCGUUAAAGAAAAAACGUGAAUAAUUUCUUGUUUGGGUAAAAACUGUGACAGUAUUAGGACAUAAGUAACGUGGGGGGGGGGGGGGGGGGGGGGAGACCGAGCGGCCAAACGUCUUUGUUUCUGAUUCAGCCAACACGUCUUUGCUGCGGCUGGACUUUAACUCUUCAACAUCAUGGUGUCAGUUUCCCCUCUGAAAGCAGCAGCCACCACAUCCUCUCCACAGUGAUGCUAUCAGUGUACCACAUUCACCACAAAUAAACGGAUGGGAACGCA